CGAGAUCAACAGUCGGUCGCUGCCAUCUCUCUUUGAACAGAUGAACCCCGAUUGAUCGCCUUCAUUCAGACUGACACUGCGUCUGACUGCAUUCAACGCAAGUAAUCUAAAAAUCUUACGGAUACUCUCUCAGAUUCUACGAAAGUAAUACCUCGAAGCUAUUGUCCUCGAAGACCGAACGCCUUUUGCGCGACACCAUCUCUCCGCCCGUUUUCCCCGUCACCAUCGGCAUCUUAGUGAAGCUCUGAUCCACAACGAUCAUAUCUUCCGUUGAGAAACGAAAGCUUUGGGGACUUGCGCUUCAUACACAUCUCAAGAAGCCGGUCUGAAAGCUUAGCAAUAUUCCUCUUUUUGUGCCCGCGAUACCGCCUGUCUUCGGGUGUGCCAGCUUCCCGUCAUGUCUUUACAAUCAUACAUCAACAAGAAAAUUCUCGUCUUGACCGUCGAUGGCCGGACACUGCUGGGCACCCUUCUCUCGACCGAUCAGCUGACCAACCUGGUUCUCCUCGAUACAAUUGAGCGGAUUAUCCGGACACCCGACGACCCGGAGCCCAGCUCGCAAAUCGAACACGGACUCUAUCUGAUUCGAGGUGACAAUGUGGUAUUAUGCGGGGAGGUCGACGAGGCUAUUGACCGUGACAUUGACUGGACCAAGGUCAAGGGUGAGGUAGUUAAGGGCACCAAAAAUGCAUGAGAGAGAAAGAGAGGCAAGCAAAAAAAAGGGAGAUCAACCCAGCUCUUUCUUCUUAAACACAAACAAAAGUUGCAUUCGACCAAAAGAGACAUUAACGAGAAAUCCGAAAAGAGAAAAAAAAAAUAUUUAAAAAAUGACCCUAUGGCGAAUCUACUAGCUGGGUUGAUUUGCACGGCAAGCAAGGAAUGGAGACGCGUUUCGUUUGAUGAUUGUGGUGUGAAAUUGACGUGGACGAGCUUUGGGCGUGACGUGGUUUCGCGGAACGGAUUGCUCCCUCCUCCCCCCUUCUCCUCCCUCCUUCUGUCCCGCCCCCCCUCCUUCCGCCCUUUUUCUCUCGCGUCGUCUUUCAUCCAUCAAGCUUUCUCUCCCUCUCUAUGUCGUGUGGUGGUCGCUGCUCAGAUUUGAACGGGCCAGGUGAUAGCCACUGAUGAGCUAGGAUUCUUGCAUCUGUGAACGUCGUUCCCGGAACCCGGAAU